AUGGGCGAAGCAGAACCAACCCCAGUGCAGGUAUAUAACUGUCCUUUUCGAUUACCCCCUGAGUUAGAAUUUACAACAGGAAAUGAGUCAGAAAAUUUUAAGAAAUGGAAAAGACAGGUCGAGGUGUAUCUCGCAGCUUCCGGUGGCACAGAGAAGGCCACAGAAGUGCAGGUAGCCAUAAUACUCAGUUGUGGAGGCCCCCACGUGGUUAAAAUUUAUGACCAAUUCCAGUGGGACGAUGAUCUGAAGACCCGUGCAGCAUCUUGCAAUUUCAAAGAACCUGACAGAAUGAUGAGAGACAAAAUAGUGUUCACAGUUACCGGAAAGUUACAGGAACUUCUACUCAGAGAGGACAAACUUACACUCGAAAGAACCAUACAAGUUUGUAGGGCGUAUGAACAAUCCAACAGACAAGUAAAGGAGCUACGUGAAGCCACUCUGCAAGUGAACAAACUACAGAAAUCUGAAAAGUACAUGCACAGCAAAGCGAAAACAGAGAAAAAGAAGGAAAUUCCAAAGACUAAACACACUCAGUAUAAGAAGAAAGACUGUGAAUUCUGUGGGUACAAACACGAACCAGGGAGACAGAAGUGUCCAGCAUGGGGAAAAUGUUGUGAACAGUGUGGUGGAAGGAAUCACUUCAAAGCAAAGUGCAAGAAGAUACAUUCAGUCAAUCAGGAAGAAGAAUUUAACGAGGACCAAUGGUUGAAAGCUGUUAGUUCUGGUGGCAAGGAAGUGACUGCAAUAAUGCGUAUCAAUGAGUGUGACAUUAGAUUUCAACUUGACAGUGCCGCAGAUGUGAAUACAAUUUCUCAGCGUUAUGUCCGCAAGGAGCAAUGCAAGCCUACCAAAAUCCGCUUGAACAUGUGGAAUAAGACAAACAUGAAACCACUUGGUGAGGCAGAUCUGACAUUCGUCAAUCCACGUACAAAUGAGAAGCACCAACUCAGAUUCAUUGUUGUUCCAAAUCAUUACACAUGUUUACUUGGACUUGAGGCGGUACAGAAAUUGAAGUUGAUUACCAUAAAUAACGAGAAAUUCAUAUCCAGUGUAUCAAGCAGUGACUUAGGUGGUUUGGGAACAGCCCAUCUACAUGUCGACCCAAAUGUGAAACCCAAAGCUCUUCCCUGCAGGAAGAUCCCUAUCGCACUCCAGAGCUUGGUACAUGAGGAACUUCAGAAGCUUGAAGAUAGAGGAGUACUUAUUCCGAUUACAGAGCCUACUCCAUGGGUCAGCCAGAUGGCUAUUGCUCAUAAAGCCAACGGCAAGCUAAGAUUGUGUAUUGACCCGCAAGCACUCAACACAGCGUUGAUGAGAGAACAUUUUCGCCUACCUGUUCUUGAUGACAUUCUACCGCAGCUCAGUAAGGCCAGAACCUUCACAAAACUUGAUGUCAAGGAAGCUUUUUGGCUUGUGAAGUUGGAUGAGGAAUCCAGCAGACUAACGACAAUGAUAACCCCUUUUGGAAGGUACAGAUGGGCAAGACCACCUUUUGGACUAAAGGUAUCAAGUAAAAUAUUCCAGAGGAAACUGAAUGAGGUGUUCGGAAACAUGACAGGUGUUUUCAGCGUGGUAGACGAUAUCAUAAUAGCCGGCUGUGGAGAAAACGAUGUAGAAGCUGAGCAAGACCAUGUUUUAAAAUUGAGAAAAGUAGAUGGAGUGAAAAUUGAUGACAAGAAAGUAAAAGCCAUUAAUGACAUGCAACCUCCUACUGAUGUUUCAGGAAUUAAGAGACUGUGCGGCAUGGUUCAGUACAUGGCGAAGUUCCUUCCAGACCUUUCUACCAUAAUGGAGCCGCUCAGAGAACUUACUCGCAAAGAUAAGGCAUGGCAUUGGUCUAAAGACUGUGAAGCAGCAUUUCAGAGGAUCAAGAUGAUGCUGACAGAAACUCCUGUACUAGCUUACUUUGACCCUGGGAAGGAAGUAGUAGUACAAGUGGACAGUAGUAAAGACGGCAUUGGUGCAGUUCUCCUUCAAGACGGUAGACCAAAUGACCAUAAACCAUUAGAGGCCAUCCUGAAGAAACCUCUUGCAAUGGCACCAAAGCGACUACAGGACAUCAUGAUGAGAUGGAACCGGUACGAUUUUAACUUUGUGUAUGUCAAGGGAACUAACCUUACAAUUGCAGAUACAUUGAGUCGCGCAUAUCUAAAGAGUGAGGAAGGUAAUUUUAGUGAGAGACUAAGAAUCAUGGCAUUGAAAAGUGACGAACCAUGUGACAUUCCUGAUGCUCGACUUAGUGAAAUAAAAGAAGCAACAGAGAGUGACGAGGAAAUGCAAAUUCUCAAGGAAACUGUGAUGAACGGGUGGCCGGAGCAGAAACAAGAAACGCCACAGAGAAUUCGCCAUUACUUUGACUUUAGAGACACUAUAUCAUACAGUGAUGGACUUAUGCUCAAAGGGGAAGCUGUAAUAAUCCCUAAAUCUUUGAGGAGUGAAAUGAAAGCCAUACUUCACAAGGCUCACUUUGGAUAUGAUAGCAUGCUGAGAAGGGCAAGAGGAACAAUAUUUUGA